AGACCAAAAUGGACGUUAGAAUAUAUUACAGGAAAUUAUCACUAUUUCGGACUAGUUGAUAUGUAGCAUUACCAGUGAAGGUGUAGUCAUACAAAGUUUCCCACAAAAAACAGCAGCAAAAAAGUAUGUAAGCGAGAUAUAUUGAUAAUUCAGUGAAAAAUGCAGGAGACAAAGCUCAAGUCUCCUCGUUCAAUAACCUAGCUAAUUCAUGCUUGGACCGUGACGUCACGCUUCAGAGAAAGUACGAGGGAAUUCCCCAUCUUCCAAACACUCCGGACGCCGCGCGCGGUGGAUGUAGCCGGAGGCGAGGUGGCCCGAACUAAUCAGUAUACCACUACAGGAUAAGGAUAAGGAUAAGGGAGCAUGUAUUGUAUGCAAAUGAUCUCUGAUCACGAUAAUAUCAGCUGUUCAGCUUAUUCUUCUGCAAUUCUGUCGCGGUACUGGCCUGCCUGAGACUGAGUCGUUGUGGGGUCGCUGCCUUGCACACAUCUGAGCUGCCAGGCAGGAAUGAAUAAGACAACAUUUGGCUUUGCAUCAUUGACAUUGUCGAGGACGAGGCUAAUUUCUUGGACUCUUAUUUGGACUUGACUCUCACAUCACAGCAGCUUUUGAGGAAAGGAAUUCGAAAAUGUUCAGGUUAAAGUUUCUGUGGCAGUUCUUGGGGUUGUUCACACCAUGCUUUGUAUCGGUUCUACCAAACCCUGACGUGUCCAGUAUUUGUGGUCCAGAGACCAACUCAACUUUAGCUCAGAGAAUCCAGACCUCUCAGUGGAAGGCUACGGAAUGGCUCCUGGACCAGCAGACAGAGGACAGGGGGUGGUUUUUCCUAAGUACUGGGUCGGCCAUGUUGUCUCUUCAACUAGCCAACGAGACCUGGAAGAAUGACCUUGUAUCAAUGGAAACACAGCUGACCAUAAAACAACUAAAUAUUGAGCUGUUGAUUGAUAUAUCACACAGACAUGGCUUCAAGGAAAUGUCUCUAGGAAAGCUAGGCUACUAUGCCAUGGCACUACAUGCUACUUGCCAAAAUGCCUCCAACUUCUACGGCCACAACAUCAUGAAACACCUGCAUCAACGGGUGGACAACUUUAACACUAGUCUAACCAGAAAUUACUUCCCGUACUCCCUGGCGGUGCUUGCCUUAUGCAGCACCGGAAGUGACGUGCCACACAGUGCCAUAGAAACUCUGGAGGGGAUGCAGCAGGAGGAUGGAUGCUUUCCAUUUGGUGUUGAUGUGACGUCUAUGGCAGUCAUGGCUAUGGCCUGCAUGCAGGGUUCCUUCAAUCGUCCUCAAAGACUCCUCCCACUGAGGAACAUGCUACAGAAAGGUGCCAGCUGCAUCAUGGGAUAUCAAACAUCCGAUGGCGGGUUCAGUAACUCUGAUAAUACUAAUAGUAUUAGCACUGCAUUGGCAGCUCAGGCUUUAAUCGCUGCCCAUAAAUCACCAUCACUAUGGCGAUGUGAAGAUGCCUUAACUCACGUCCUUGAUGCCCAGAUGGAGGAUGGUCACUUUGGUAACCAAGGAAGCACUAUCCAGGUCAUGCCAUUGCUUAGCAACCGUCACCAUGGGAGCUUGUCUGAUAUUCAGCUGGAUUGUCCAGUACAAGAUGCAAUGCAGAGCAUACCACUGAUUGGACAGAGUGAUGAAACCAUCAGGGUUAACUUUGACAUCAGUCAGAAACUACUUAACAGCGAGGGUAAUAAUGUCAUUAGUACUUUCACUCCAUUCUCUGUUGACAUCCUACCAGGAGAAAACCUUUAUAGGGCCAUGGAACGCGCUCGUCAAGCCGGCUCCUUCAGUUUUGAAUCUAAAGUAACCCAGUUUGGCAACUAUAUUACUUCAAUCAAUGACAUCAUGAAUGAUAAUGCCAACAGUCUCUAUUGGUCAAUAUAUACAGUGGAUGAGAAUGAUCACCAAUCCUUAGCCACUACUGGUUCGGAAGGAAUCUUCCCUGUGGAUGAGUCUAGGUAUCAUUGGGUCUAUCGAGCAUUUUAAAAUGGCAUGUGAAAGGAGCUCAUAUCAACUUCACACACACUUGAGCCAACUCAGGACUGCAUAACCCUCAAUUGUUGAAUUGCAUAUUUUGAUCGCAAGCCAUUUGUGCAGUCCUUCUCUGAUUGUUUUUAAUUGUUAUGCUCUUGUUGAAAAAAUUGUUUGAAUCACGAUAGACGAGUGGUAUACUGAGAUACAAUACAAGCCCCAUCGGCAUUAUCCGCAUGAGCCACCGACUUAUUCAUAUUCUAAAGUACUGAUAUCGCGUUUAGUUCACCAUUUUAUUGUGUAUCAUUUAUCUGUACCUAUCUUACUUUGUUAUUCCAAAGGCAUUAUAUGGUCCUACUUCACCAUUAAAGUAUGGGAGAAAAGAAUUUGUCUUGUACAAGUGUAUAUCAUGAUAUGUCCACACAUAAGAUAGUGGGUAUUUUAUUGAAAACAAUUCAUUGUUCAUUAACCAUCACAAUCAACUAUGCAAUGUACUAACUUUGAUUAUUGAGAAAGGAUGAUAUAUGAAUUGUAUUAUGGCAUGAAAUAAUAAUAAUAAUAAUAAUAAUAGCCAAUUUUUAUAAAGCGCUUUUCCCAGAAUGGCUCAAAGCGCGUUACAGCAUAUUAUUAACCCGGUCAUUGGAUUCAUUUCAAUCCCGCACAAAAAGUUCACAAUUUCCACUCCCUGGGGAGCAUUCCUUGCAUUCAUCGCAGCCUCAUUACGGCGCUGGCAAAAUCAAACAUACAAUAUCUUUCGCAUCCUACUGGAUGCUAAAUAUCUGCUUAUCAAAAGUAAUUAUGAGAAAUGAACAAAACUAUGCAAUAUUUUGUUGCCUUCUUCUGAGCAGAGUAUUUUAUAAAGGUUUUUUUUAACCCAUUUAUAUUGAAUUAUUAAUGUGUUAAGCAAUAAGUAGCUGAGUUGGGAUAGAAUAAUUAUAUUACAAAAAUGUAGAGAAUGAGUCACAUAUUUCUCCUUCCAUUCAAAAUCUUGAUAACAGUGGUUUCAAAUUCAUGUCUGUUUAAGCUAUAGAAAGGUGCAAUAGUAAGAUAAAGCCAGUCUUUUAAAAAUAUUUUUUUGCUCGUGACAAAUCUAUGAUAAUUUAGUAUAUGACUUAUGGAGGAGUCAUCCUCACCAGUUGUCAUGUAUGCGAACGGAACCAUCAAAAUUAUAUUCUCAUGCAAAAAUGUAAUAAGUGAUGUAAAAAUAUUCCAUGUCAAAAUAUAUUUUGAAUUAUAGAUUGAUUUUAUUCCAUAUUAAAUUUUCUUUCAUGUAAUUUAA